AUGAACAGUGUUGAUGAAGUCGCGGUAGCUCCGGUGGGUCCACCGUCUCCCUUGGAGUGGAAAUUCUCUCAGGUUCUCAGUGAACGUGUGGCUGGUGUGGAGCUUCAGAGAGUGGACAUAAUUUCUGCUAUUGAAUUUGACAAGUCUGGUGAUCAUCUUGCUACUGGUGAUUGUGGUGGUCGAGUGGUAAUCUUUGAGAGGACAAACACCAAAGAUCAUGGCGAAUUCCGUUACAAAACUGAGUUUCAGAGUCACAUUCCUGAGUAUGACUACCUUGAGAGUUUGAAGAUAGAAGAGAAAAUCAACAAACUCAAAUGGUGCCAAACAACUAAUGGGGCCCUUUUCCUUCUUUCUACAAACGAUAAAACCAUCAAAUUUUGGAAGGUUCAUGAAAAGAAAGUAAAGAAAAUAGCUGAGAUGAAUGUUGACCAUUACAAAUCAAUCGGAGGCAUACCAUCACUAAGAUUACCCGUGGUAAGUAGCCAUGAAACCAGCUUGGUGGCUCAAUGCCGUAGAGUUUAUGCCCGUGCACAUGAUUAUCAUAUCAAUUCUAUUUCAAAUAACAGCGAUGGCGAAACUUUCAUAUCCGCUGAUGCUUUACGAAUAAAUCUUUGGAACCUGGAAAUAAGUAAACCAAGUUUCAAUAUUGUUGAUGUAAAGCCUGCAAAUAUGGAUGAUGAUCUGACAGAGGUUAUAACAUCAGCAGAAUUCCACCCUACACAUUGUAAUACGUUGGCAUAUAGCAGUUCAAAGGGUUCAAUCCGUCUAAUUGACUUGCGACAAUCAGCAUUAUGUGAUUCGCAUGCCAAACUAUUUGAGGCGCCAAGAUCCAGUUCAUUAUUCAAAGAAAUAAUUGCUUCUAUAUCUGACAUAAAAUUUGGGAAGGAUGGGAGAUACAUAUUGAGCCGGGAUUACAUGACUUUAAAGUUGUGGGACAUUAAUAUGGAUUCAGGUCCCGUUGCAACUUAUCAGGUUCAUAAGUAUCUAAAAUCUAAGCUUAAGGAAUAUUUAUAUGAAAACGAAUCGAUACUUGAUAAGUUUGAGUGUUGUCAGAGUGGUGAUGGAUUACGGGUAGCAACUGGUUCUUACAACAAUUUAUUCCGAGUAUUUGGCUGUGCUCCUGGAAGUACCGAAGCUACAACUUUAGAAGCCGGUAAAAUUCCAACAGGACGACAAGUUCCAAUCCCCUCAAGGCUGUCUAGAUCACUGGGAAACAGUAUAACACGAGUUGUUGGACAAGGAGCAGAAAACAACAGGGUUGAUGCAAAUGGGAAUUCGUUUGAUUUCACGAAAAAGUUAUUGCACUUAGCAUGGCAUCCAUCAGAAAAUUCAAUUGCCUGUGCUGCUGCAAAUAGGUUGUACAUGUACUAUGCAAAAGAGAAAGAGAUGAUUGAAGAUGACAUACAUGCAUUUUGA